GCGGGGUUUCCGGCUGCCCUGCAAUGCUGUUCGUGCUAAAUCAAAAUGUCGCGCAAAAUUGUCGGUUUAACAGUUCGAGACGUGAGGUUCCCGACCUCUUUGGAGCAACAUGGUUCAGAUGCGAUGCACACUGACCCGGACUACUCAGCUGCCUAUGUGGUUCUGGACUCGGACUGUGGACUGAGGGGGUUCGGUCUCACUUUUACUUUGGGGAAAGGAACCGAAAUAGUUGUGUCGGCUAUAGAGGCGCUGGCAGGACUGGUUGUUGGAAAAUGUUUACAAGAAAUUGUCGGUGACUUUCGUGGAUUCUAUCGCCUUCUGACCAGCGAUGGCCAGAUGAGAUGGCUCGGACCAGAGAAAGGCGUGAUCCACCUGGCAACUGCUGCAGUCCUGAAUGCUGUCUGGGACCUCUGGGCAAGAGCGGAGGGCAAGCCACUUUGGAAGCUGCUGGUGGACAUGGAUCCAAAGACCCUUGUUUCAUGUAUCGACUUCAGAUACAUCACAGACGUGUUGACUGAGGAGGAGGCGCUCAAACUUUUAAUGAACGCACAGGAAGGGAAGCAGCAGCGAGAGGCGGAGAUGCUCUCAGAAGGCUACCCUGCCUACACCACUUCCUGUGCCUGGAUUGGCUACUCCGACCAGCAGCUCCGACAGCUCUGCACAGAUGCCCUGGCGUCAGGCUGGACCAAGUUUAAAGUCAAGGUCGGAGCGGAUCUACAGGACGACACCCGCAGAUGUGGACUUGUGCGACAAAUGAUUGGCCCUGAUAACAUUCUGAUGAUAGAUGCUAACCAGCGGUGGGAUGUGGAUGAGGCCAUCAGCUGGGUGAAGAGCCUGGCUCAGUUCAAGCCUCUCUGGAUUGAAGAGCCCACGUCUCCUGAUGACAUCCUUGGCCACGCUGCCAUUUCAAAAGCUUUAGCUCCGCUGGGGAUUGGUGUCGCGUCAGGGGAGCAGUGUCACAACAGAGUGAUGUUCAAGCAGUUCCUGCAGGCGUCUGCACUGCAGUUCAUCCAGAUCGACAGCUGUCGACUCGCCAGUGUCAAUGAGAACCUGGCGGUGCUGCUCAUGGCUCACAAGUUCAGGGUGCCUGUGUGCCCUCACGCUGGAGGAGUCGGCCUCUGUGAGCUGGUCCAGCAUCUGAUUCUCUUCGACUACAUCUGUGUUUCUGCAAGUCUCAAUAAUCGCAUGUGCGAGUAUGUGGAUCAUCUUCAUGAGCACUUCACCAGCCCUGUGAUGAUUCGGGAUGCCCACUACAUGCCCCCGAAGGAUCCUGGUUAUUCUUGUGAGAUGCUGGAAACAUCCGUGCAACGACACCACUUCCCUGAUGGUGACGUUUGGAAAAGGCUCCUAAAGAAAUGAAUAGUUAUUUUGUCACCAAACAGGAAGUAUAUUAGGUAUCCUAGCCUAUUGCACAGGUGGAACAGCCGGAAAUACAAUCACACUUGUAUUAAUAACUAGCAUUUUAAUCAUUGCUUUUGUGACUGAGAAUGCACAUUCUAAUGUUAAUUUAACUGUUCAUGAACUUUGCUUACAAAAGCAACAAAACACUCGUACCUCAGUGAACUGUACCGUGCUGUGAUGCUU